AUGCAAAUUAGACUCAUCCCUCGAGAGAAUGGUAUCGCAGAAUGGGCAAUGAUCGAAUUACAGGGGACGCUGGAGCCACCUGGUAUGCUUUCUGGACAACAUAUUGGUAAACUUGCAUGGAAUAAUAAUAAGGCAUUGCUUCACAUUGGCCAUCAUAUUAUGGAAGGAAAAGAAGUGAAGUUAGAGAACCCAUUUCUUGUGCUUGUUCGAAAUACUGAAGAACGUACAAAUGUACAAGUUGCCGCAAUAAUUCGCAAGAAAGUUCAGUUCCGUAAUCGCCCAAUACCUAUUUGA